ACAGCCAACAUACGCUUUCUGAGCCUUCUGCUCGGCUAUGAAACAAACACCUAAGAUCAUAUUUACUCUAAAUGAUGCUGAAUGCCUCUGCGGAGGAGCAUCUCUGCCUUUGCCUUUGGACAUUUUCAGGUCUGCCGUCAUCGUUCUGUGAGAAAUCUCUCAGAAAUCAGUGCAGAGGCUUCAGCAUGUUUUGAGUAAAUAAAGGUAUCGAACGAUAUUUCCAUACCAUACAACGAUGCUGGAAAAGAGUAAAUAUAAUUUGGUAGACGACUCAGUGGAUCAGAGGAUUCCUGCUGAUAAUGAUGGGCAGUUCCAGCAUGGGCUCACAUUCGAGGUGAAGUUCAUCGGGAGCCUGGAUAUUGUGCGACCCAAAAGCAGGAUUGAAAUAUUGGUCGCUAUGAGACGAAUACGGUAUGAAUUUAAAAUUAAGAACAUCAAGAAGAAGAAAGUCAACCUUAUUGUGUCAGUGGAUGGUGUCAAGGUGGUUUUACGGAAAAAGAAAAGGAAAUUUGACUAUAGCUGGGAUGAAAUUCAAAUGACACUGGCCCAGGACCCCAUUUUCAGAAUAUUUUACGUCUCACAUGACUCACAGGACCUGAAGAUAUUCAGUUACAUAGCAAGAGACAAGAAAAGCAAUGUGUUCCGCUGUAAUGUCUUCAAAUCAAAGAGAAAGAGCCAAGCCAUGAGGAUAGUGCAGACCGUGGGUCAGGCGUUUGAAGUGUGCCAUAAACAGAGUCUAGACAAUGCUGACGUAUGGCUUGUGAAAGGUGAGGAGGAGAGAAGCAAAGAUGAGACUUCAGUUGCUGGCGGCACCACUGAGAGAUCAGGCAAUGCUGGGCUGGAGAAAGAUGAAAAGGUGUGUGAAGAGCCGGUGCUGGUGAAGGAGUCGUCCAGGCUAGCGUCUCCUCUUUCCAGUCCUCUAUCCAUGAGCCAUCAGGUGCAGCUCCUGCAGAGGCAGUUACAGCAGCAGGAACAGAGGAGUCAAGCCGCCUCCGCACAGGUGGUUCUGCUUCAGCAGCAGGUGUCGGUGGAGACCAGCGCCAGGACCGAAGCUCAGGCUAGAGUCCAGCAGCUCCUGCAGCAGAACACUGAACUCCUGCAGCAUCUCACACUGCUGGUCAAACACGUCCAAGAGCUGGAGCUCCGCACUCAACCACACAAAAACUCCCCCUUGGGAUCUCAAGACAGCCUUCUGGAAAUCGCCCUGCGUGCCAACAUGCCAGCUGUAUCACGUGAGCCCAACCCGAAUCCUCCCUCAAGUGCUCGAGAGGGCUUCCCUCUCUCAAACAGCCUGGUUCGGCUUGACGGCUUUCGUUUCUUCUCAGAAUCUUCAGUGCAGGAGAAGAAGCCGGAGCAGGACAGUGACUCAGGUCAGGGUCAGGAUGAAGACCAGUCGGGUGGCUGCUCUCCUCCAGGGAACCAGUUCCUCGGCUCACUGGACACACCUGGAUUCAGAGAGUCCGGUAUUGCGUCCGGAUAUGAGUCCAAUACGGAUGAGAGCGAUGACCGGGAAAGCUGGGGCCAGUAACUUUGUGCAUCUGAUACCGCUUUUCCACUGGGGCUGGUGCCGGAGCUGGAGCCAGUGCUUGGCCAAGAGCGGCACUCAUUCAGAACCGGCUCACGUUUCCACUGGCAGGGAGCAAAUUCUUUUACGUCACCAACCUGUGACCGGAAUCGCUUGUUAUCUCAU